AUGGAAAUAAACCCAUUAAGCAUAAUUCUUGUAAAAAGUGAUAGUAAAGGUGAUAGACUUUUAUUUCGUUAUCCUCAUGUGGCAAAACAUACACGAGAUUCUAGUCAGUGUACUAAAAGAAAGAAUCCUUACUCUUUAACUAUCGCAGAGGAUUCAUUGCAGUCUUUACCUUUUUCCACUUCUAAUGUAAGCAAUGGAAAUUUAAUUGGAGUUACCGAUGAAGUGUUAUCAACAUUAUUUGCUGUUAAACCAGAAUUAUGCGAUCAAAAGUUUGAAUUAAAAGUAAAUGAUGUUCGCUUUGUUGGUCAUCCAACUCUAGUUCCAUCCCGUGGACUAAAAGAAGUAAAUUCUUCUAUGCUUUUUAAUAUAGUGUUUGCUCUUCAGGCACAAGCAAGUCAUUCAAUAGUAAAAUGUUAUUAUGAUUUGAGCAAAAGAUUAGGCAUAGCAUUAAGGCAUGAAGAAAAGAGAUGUGGAUUUUUAACAGAAGAAAUCAAAAUUAUGGUUUCAACUCAUGAUGAAGUUGCUACUAGAUCAGAAAGUGAAAGUGAUUGUGAUGAAUCACCAGAUGAGUUAAUACUACAGAGAAGUUUGCUUGCACGUGAUCUAAAAUCUGUGUUCAGUAGCCUCAGCACAUCUGGAAUAAUUAACAUUAUGAUUAAUAAAUGGAUUCAAGUACGCUUCUGCCUUCCACAAAAAGUUCAUCAAUCCCAUAAGAAAGGAUUUGUUAUUAAUCCAGAAAUAAUAGAUAGGUGUUUAAAUAGUUUGAGACCUUAUCAUGGUUUAUUGUUACUUAUUGAACCAUUAGACUUGUUGGAUAUGCUUCCUAUAGAUUCUUCUCCAGCUCUUAAACGUCUCAUUCAAAUGUAUAGUCCACUGAAAAGUUUACAGACUUUAGCUGCUGAUUCUGAUCUUACACUUACACAAGUUUUCCAAUUAACUGGACACCUAGUUUAUUGGGCCAAAGCUACUAUAAUUUACCCUCUUUGUGAAAGCAAUGUUUAUGUUGUAUCACCAGAUGCUGUUAUCUCAGAUCAAUCAUUGGAAACAUUCUCUGAAGAAUUUCCAGGAUUAUGCCUUUUACAAGUUAUUAGUGAUUUUUCAUUGCCAACAUCUAUAAGUCAAAAGUUAAAUCCUUUGAAUCAAUCACAACAACAAACACAGUUAGUGAGAAUAAUAAUAUGGUUAUUAAAGAAUCAUUUGCUUUUACAAUUGCACACAUACGUACAAUACAUGCCAACUGUGCAUGGUCGAGUAACUCUGGAUAUAAAGGAUGAAACAAAUUAUAAUUUCAACGAGGUCACAGAAUGUGGUAGCACAAGGAAUUUGAAUGAUGCUCCAAAAGGAACAUCAAAUGACAUAAAAGAAGAGUUAUUAAAUCUUCAUAAAGAAGAUGGAAUAUAUAAUUAUCAGUCAGAAGAAUAUGAUAUUCCUUCUGAUGAUAGGAAACUGCUUGAUAGGCUGUGUAGCUUUGGUUAUUUCAAUGGAGGGCAUCAUUUAGAAGAAAUUAUGUAUUUAGAAAAUAUUCGUAGGUCUCAAUUAUUACAGAUUUUAGAUAAGUUUCGAGAUGUAUUGAUUACAUGUGAGUGCGAAGAUCCCGCUAUAGCUCUCUUUUACAGUCAGUUUGGUUUUUAACAUUUGAAACCUAAAUAUGUUCUUAACACAUUAAGGACCGCUCACGAGUUUUCUCGUGUUUCGCGUCCCAUCUGUUAAGGACCGCUCACGAGUUUUCUCGUGUUGUACAAGUUUACCACAAAAACGUGCGGUCCCAGGCGUAUGUCUUACAGAUUUCUCUGCGGUCCUUAAUGCGAUAAUACGUUCACUGUCACAGUGAAAAAGGCCGUACGUAGC